CCCCUCGAACUUGCAGCAACCUCUGACACUCUUCAUCAAAACCCCGAGGGUUGAGGCCCUUCCUCAGCCUGGCUCGUGCUGGCCGGCGGGCUCACAUCCAGGCUUCCUGCAAUCUCACUCUCGCUUGGAGAACCUGAUCGUCACUCUUCCUUUUUCUCCGGCUUUCUCGUCUGCGAGAUAGAGUUGUCUCUUAUCCUCAAUCAGGUAUCAUCCAACUCUCUUUACUGGGUCGGGCAUUUUGGUUUUCUCGUCAAAAUCCUGGUCGACCACUCUCAUUUUUAGCCUGGGUGGUCCUUCGUGGCGUGCACUUGUCCUUUCUGUUCGCUUGAGCCAACAAGGCGGGCAAGGCUUGAAAGCCUGCGCUGUCCUGUGUCAUGGCCCGAUCUGUCUGUCCGGGUUGGCCCCGUUCCAUUUGAAAACCCUGUCGCAGCCUCAACGCCGUCAAACGGAUCCUGCUACUUUUAGAGUUCCAGGUGACAGCUGCCUCCAGCAGCCAGACCCUCUCAGGAAUUUCGCCAGACUUCUCCAGAUUUUGCUACCCGUUGUUCCACGCAUGACUUCCCGCAACAGUUCUUUACCGCCGCCCUCCGACCUCGAUACGCCCUCUACCAGUCUCACCACCUCAGACGCCAUGGACCAGGUCCUCAAAGCCCGAAAGAUGAGCUCGGCCUCUGCUCGGAGGAAAAAGUUCCAAGAACGACAGCAGCAGCAGGCCAUGGACCGGGAGAAGCUCGCAGAACACAAGAGGAGGAUUUUGAUGUAUGAUCAUAUGGCAGAGCAUGCAUCGGAGCCCGCGGAUGGGCCUGGCAGCGAGAGCUCUGCGGACGACGUCGACAUGGACGCUGGGCGCUUUGAUCGGGAGUCGUCUGUGGAGACGCCGUCGGAGAGAAGCAUUCUGACACCAGAUGAAAUGGCUCAGAACAGAGCUACCUUUGGCAAGCAAACCUCACCUGGACCAGAUCGGGUUGCGGGUCUCAAAAUACAGAUACCGGAUGAAGAAGAGGUCCUCGAACGGAUGGACAUAGACGAGGUCCGUGUCGUCGUGCCACCUUCUCCGAAGCCUGUCCUUCAAGCUUCUCUGGCUUCCUGGUCCGACUUCAGAUACGACCGCUAUUCCGUAGUGCUCGACUCUCCACUCUCCGAGGCUCUAAGUCCUGAACUUGACAAUGAGGAAACAUUCUCCCCCAUCGAAACAGCGACACCGAUAUCCUAUCAACAACCAAAAUCCCGCCCUUCACUAAUAUCUAUUGCCAGCCUCUCCCACCGAGGCAAACGAAGGACGGCCUCCAUGCAGAGUCCUCUGUCGCAAACUGUGCCGCAAACGCCGGAACGACCAUCAAAACGUCAGUCGAUGACCAGUGUACAUUCAGGAUUCCCUGCCUCAGAGGCUACGCUGUUCGAGGUCCCAAGCUUACCCGAGAAUGCUUUCGAGCUCAUCGCCAAUGCCAGUCAAGAAUCGCUUCCCUUGUCUAUGAAGGAGCCAACCAGGUCCAAAGCCGAGAGGAAAUCAAGUAUGCCGCGAUUGUCGACUGCGCUAAGCCACGCGCGCAUGAGCAGCAUCAAGAGCUUCAUCAAGACCCCCACAACUGCAACUACGCCGGUGCCACAAACACGAUCAUCCUCUCGGCCCUCAAGUCAUGUGAGCAGACCUUCAACUGCAAGCACACUGGCCGCAGACCCUUAUUUUAUGAUGAAAAACCCGGCCGCGUCGACGAGUUCAAGUAACCUUUCCUCGAUCACACGCCCGCUCACAUCCCAGAAUGCUUCAGCUUCAAUGGUGGGACCCAUCAGCUCCAACAUGACGGCAUUACCAUCCCUCCCGACUCCCCCGGCAGAUGAAGACGCUUCAGACCCAUUGGCAACGAGACCAGCCAUGCAGAGAAAGAAAUCCUUUUCCGCGCUCCGGAGACGAAGCGAGAGUAUUGGACAAGCCAUCAAAGGAUUGGGCAAGAUCACGACGAAACACGAUGUUCCAGUACCGACGAAUCCAGGUCUGAUGACUCCGAAGAAACCUCAGGCAUUUGAUUUAUCUCAAUUCCCCACCCCACCUUUGCCUUCUCCUCGGACUGGGAAAAGUAGUGCAGGCUCAUUUACUUCGACCAGGGCAACGAGUAGUGGAGGCCAUAUAGGACUAGGCCUACGGAGCGUGGAGUGAUUUGCACAAAGGUGACAGGAUUGGCCUGUCUUGGAACAGAGAUCCGGUGUUCAGCAAUUCCAGGAGCGAGAGCAACUGUACUCUUUGAUGAAGUUAUGAUUUGAGUCUUAUUAGCGAUAUUGUAUAAAAGUGUAGUGGUAUUAAAAGGUAUUUGGG